UAACACAUUUUAAUGUUUUAGCUCAAUGUUUGAAAUGGUAAAUGUUAUAUAAGUAUGUUAUCAUCAUUAAUAUUGUUACUAAUUUUUGUUAUCUUUACUUCAGAAUUUCUCUAGCAACAAUCAUGGCGUUAACUGAAGGAAAUCAGAGUACUGGAGCCACAUUCAUCCUCUUGGGCUUCUCAGAAUACCCAGACCUCCAGGUGCCCCUCUUCAUGGUGGUCCUGGCCAUCUACAUGGUCACUGUGGUGGGGAACCUGGGCAUGAUUGUGAUCAUCAGGAUCAACCCCAAACUCCACACCCCCAUGUACUUUUUCCUCAGUCACUUGUCUUUUGUUGAUUUCUGCUACUCCACUAUAGUUACACCCAAACUAUUAGAAAACUUGGUUGUGGGAGACAGAACCAUCUCCUUCACAGGGUGCAUCAUGCAGUUCUUCUUGGUUUGUGUAUUUGCGACUGCAGAAACAUUCAUGUUGGCAGUGAUGGCCUAUGACCGUUUUGUGGCAGUUUGUAACUCCCUGCUUUACACCAUUGUCAUGUCCCCAGAGCUCUGUGUAUCAUUAGUGGCCGGUCCCUAUGCAUGGGGUAUAGUUGUUUCCCUGACACUCACUUAUUUUCUUCUGGCAUUAUCCUUCUGUGGUUCUACUAUCAUAAAUAACUUUGUCUGUGAGCACUCUGUCAUUAUUUCUGUCUCCUGCUCUGAUCCCUAUAUCAGCCAGGUGCUUUGUUUUGUCAUUGCCAUAUUCAACGAGGUGAGCAGCCUGGUGAUCAUCCUCACUACUUAUAUUUUCAUUUUCAUUACUGUCAUAAAAAUGCCUUCCGACGGGGGGUGCCGAAAAGCCUUCUCCACCUGUGCCUCCCACUUGACUGCCAUCACCAUUUUCCAUGGGACUGUCCUUUUCCUCUAUUGUGUACCCAAUUCCAAAACCUCAUGGCUCAUCGUCAAAGUAGGAUCUGUGUUUUACACAGUGGUCAUCCCCAUGCUGAACCCCCUGAUCUACAGUCUCAGGAACAAAGAUGUGAAGGAGACUGUCAGAAAGUUAAUGAGCUACACAAUACAAUCUUGAAGAUUGAUUUAUUUCUGGAGAGAAUUUGCUCUAUGAUGUUGAAUAUUGUUCAGUGUCCCUAGAAGAGAUGCUAAUUCAAAUUAUCUA